UCCAAAUAUCCAUUGCAGACAGUGGGUCAGCCCGCAUCCUACCUAUCUUAGCUUCGCAGCCAGGGUGCGUAUCGGACCAGGCUUUCGCAGUCGCAUUCCUCCAGGAUUUGUUUACAGGUCGAAUUACCUGACAAAUAGAGCCGGGCCAGCAGCACCUUCCCGGCAGUCCAGUCGACAUCUCAGUUCAGGCGCUCAAAGAUAGGGCGAAACAACAUUGGGCCCUGCCAUGGCUCCACGGCCCGCCCUUGUGAUCUAGGUGUGAUCCGCAGUGCAUCCAAUCUGUUAAGACCAGGAUCCAACCUGCAAAACCAAGUGCUGCAGAACAAAGCUGCUGCGAGACGAUGGGCUUGGCGGGCAGAAGCUAAUGCGGCGCUGGGCGCCCGCCCCUCCUCCCCCCUCCUCCGACCCAGGGCAUAUCAGACGGGGUUGCAGACAGAGUUCCUCGUCAUACUGGGUGCCAUCAGCCCAAAAUGUUUCUGCGGGAUGGCAGCACAGGGUGGUGGCUAAUCUCCUCCCACUCGAUGCGCAUGCAAGGCCCAAGCUGGGCCGGUCCUGGCGGGGUGGGGGGUUCACAAGAAUUAUCAAAUUGUCGCCGCUUCGGUGAACCACGGUGCAUGUAUCAAGGCCCUUUAGCGAAAGGCAUGCUCAGCUUCCCUCCCUGUCUGCCUGCCAGCCUGCCAGCCUGCCUAACUGGGCAGAGGAUGGGAAAUGCAAAUCAGAAACGCGCCGGCCCACAUUACUGCGAAGUGCUUUCAUCAUAGCGUCGGCCAACAGGUAUAGCGUAUCCUCAGGCCCGGGUGACAGCGGCAAGGUUCUUGCGUCAAACUACUACUGACAAAACCCCUCCGAUUCGGGUCGCCUGCCACAGCUCUCUCUACGAACCCGAGGGUGAGAAGGGCAUAUAUAGCGAGGAAGCUUCCCACGUCCUUGAGACAGCACAUCUUAUCAACAUGGUUCUCAAGGGUCACUGUCUCUGCAAGGCCGUCACCUACACGGUCGACAUUGACCAGCCCCUGAUCACUGGUUACGACCACUGCGACGACUGCCAAAGACAAUCUGGCUCGACUUAUUCCCUAGUCGCCGUUGUCCCCAAGGACAAGCUCACGAUCAACGGGCCGACCAAGUCAUGGGCCGGUAAGGGUUCGUCUGGCAAGGACGUGCACCGCAUCUUCUGCUCCGAGUGCGGCUCUCCAAUCGCCCACGACCCCGAUGCGGCGCCCGAAAUCAUCGCCCUCAAGGCGGGCACCCUCGACACUGAGAUCAAGAAGACGCUGAAGCCGGACACGGAGAUCUGGACCAAGUCCAAGCUGCCGUUCAUGACGGAGUCGCUGGCCAAGCCUUUCGAGGUCGCGGCACACCGCCUUCCCUCUGCGGCUUGUAAAGUGAUUUUUUCUUCUAUCUCGCGUGACGAGACGCGCCGAACUGGACCCUUAAAACAAUCCCUCAUACACCCUUUCCUCAUCCAACGCGAGCACAAGAAGGCCGAACUCGCCGGUACUCGUGCCCCGGUCAAGGCCAAUGGUCUCCCCGUCAAGCCGAAGAAGGAGACUGUCAUUUGCACCAAUUGCCGCAAGGAGAUGGUCAAGGACAACCCCAGGCAACUUGAGGACCACGCCGGAACACACAAGGCGACGACGAGGGAGAUCUGCUUCCCGACUGUGGUUUUCUCAUAG